CGGUGUAGCAGUAGCAGUCUGUAGCAGUAGGCUAUACUAUAACCGUGACCAUUUAAAAUUUAAGACUAAGAUUACUAAGAAGUAUGAACAUUUCAUUCAAGUAUUUAAAUUUCAAGUAAGAGAUGGCUUUAUCUUUGAAAUGAUUUCGACAAUAACAUGUUACUGUAUAUUUGUUUAAAAUUUAUUUACAUGCCUAGUGCCUAGUACUUUUUUUUUUUUUUUUUUAAAAGUAAUAUAACUCGUAGUCGUAAUUAAAGACGACAAUACAUGUAGUAAUACAAGUCAAGUGUACAAGGCGCAAUCGUAGAUUUAGAUAAAAAAGAAAGUAAAGAGUUAUAAUUAAAUAAACUGAUGUUAAUUAACACAUUUCGAUAUACCCAACCUUAACAUGUCUCUCGCGUGUUUAAAAGAUUAAAAACUUACAAUAGUAAUAGUAAUAAUAAUGAAUUAAUAAUGAUUCGUUUUCAAUGUAAUGUAAGUGUAGGCCUACGCCUACACUGACUUGUCUUAGUCUUUUUUUAUCAUUUUAAUUAUUUUAUUGUAUGGAAAACUAUACCUUAAACUUACUUAGCUUACUUUUACUAAUUAAAAAUACUAUGUUUUGAAAUUGCCACUCCAAUUCUACUAUUCUACACUGUUAGUUUUAGGAUCUAAGUCUAAUAUUAAUACAAUUAUUAAUAUAUUAAUAUGCCUAAUUGUAAUAGUAUUAUUAAUUUCUACACCUACAUUGUCUAGGUAACUAGCCUACUUUGUCAUAUAUAUUAUAUAGUCUGAGGCACAUCAUCCAUCCAUCUAAGCCUGCCUUUGACUUUGAGUCAUUUUCCUCUGGGAUUUUGGUGAUGUACCUUGCCUUCUUCACUGCCUCUGUUAUUUGGCAUUCUUUCCAAAUCUAAGUGUCCUACCCAGCGUAGCCUGCCCUUUUUCAUUUCUGUAUUCUAGGGUGGAAUCCUGGUAUUGACUAUGACUAUACAAUUCCUGGUUGUUUCGUAUUCUCCAUCCAUAUGCAUCCUUUGUUGGUCCAUAUAUUUGCUGGAGAACUUUUCGCUCCCACAUUAGCCCACAUGUUUAAUAGGUUUUCUGAUGUUUUUGUUAGGGUCCAAGUUUAAAUUUUAGUAUGUUACAACUGGUCUGAAUACAUUUUUAUAAACAGUUUUCUUUGUUUUUCUAGUAAUGUUUUUUCUUUUGAAGUGUGCCCUGUUUUCAGUCGAUAUUCUUUCUUUUAUUUCUGUUAGUAAUUAAUUUCUUUCAUUUAUUAAGGAUCCUAGAGAUUUAAAUUGAUACACUUUUUCAAAAGUGUGGUUUCUAAUUUUAAUGGUUUCAUCUGUCUGUUCUUCUCUUAUCAUUCAUAGUCAUGUAUUUUGUUUUUUGGUUGUUAACUUCCAGCCCUGCAUGUUAAGUGUAAUGAUGUCUUCUAAUUCAAUAAAGUCUUUUGAUUUGUCUUUAUGUACCACUUUUCCCUAACAGUGCUAUGUCAUCAGUAUAUGCAAGAUACUGAAGGGGUUGAUUGUAGAGAGUGCCUAUUGGUUGUGGGUCUCCCUCAGAAAAUAUCCUGCUAUUGUCCAUCGGGUGUCAAUAUGUAAGCUUCUUAUAACUCUCACUAAUGUUAGGUUAAAUAGCAUACAAGACAGUGAAUCUCCUUGUCUUAGUCCUCGUCGAAUCUGAAAUUCCCUUGAAUAUUCCCUGAACCUUGAUUUUGCUUUUUGAGUUGUUAAAUGUUACAAUUACAUGUAUCAGUCUUGGCAGUUUGUUGGUUAUGCCAAACUCCUGCAGAGUCUCAUAUUAUGGCAUGAAGUUCUAAGUAAGGAAACUUUUUGUGUACCGGUACGAGUAUUUGGGUUAUUAAUCAAUUAAAUCACCCAAUAAUAAUAAUAAAGUUUAUUUCAAAAACACGCUUCAUCCCCAAAGGCUCGAAGCGCGGUACAAAGUCAACAAAAAACAAAUCUAUGAUUUACCACAUUUAAAACAAACGCAACACUACAAAAACUAAUUACAAGCAUACCAAGUCAAAGUCUUUCUACCCAUUUCAACCAUAAGCAACACAGCUAAUAUGCAUUAACUGGAAAAUAAGGUAGACAAUCAUCCCAGAAGGUGUUUGCGAAAUAGAUGUGUCUUUAAAUCGAUUUUAAAGGACUCCAGUGUCUGGUUGUUUCUGAGAUCGACAGGAAGGGCGUUCCAAAUUGUUGGACCAGCAAAUGCGAAAGUGCGCUUUCCGUAAGUCUCAAGGCAAACACGUGGUGUCGAGAGUUUGCCACUAUCGGAUGAGCGUAGUCAUCCAGUGGGGACAUAAGGCGUCAGCAGCUCUUUCAGAUAGAACAGCGCCAGGUCAUGUAAGCAGCGAUAGCACAAAGUUGCAAUUUUGUACUCUAUGCGAGCACGCAGCGGCAGCCAGUGCAACUCUCUCAGAAGUGUUUUUGCAUGGUCGAACUUGCGUUUGCGGAGAACAAUGCGAGCCACAAUAUUCUGUGCUAUUUGAAUUUUAAUACUAAUACAAUUAAAUGAAUUAUGAAUCUGAUCAGGCUGAUAUAAUCUAUUUCAUCUGCUUUGUCUUUUUAGUGAAUGCUUAAUUGAUUAUAAAUACAUGGAAAAUGGAGACAGAGAAUACCAAGAGACACAAGAAGUACACUAAAAGAAAAAUUAUUGAUUCAUCGGAAUCUGAGACUGAUUCCGAUGGGAGCAAGCAGGGCAAGGACAGCAAAAAUAUAAAUAAUGUAAUAAUAUAUAUUUUAUUAGCCCUAUUUCCCAUCGUUUUUACAUGCCAAAAACAGCCUUUUAAAGUACCGUAUUAAAAUUAAUAUACAAUUUACAUUUAAAUUAAUUAAAUUAUAAAUAAAAAUUAUCUUACUUAAAGAACUGAAGUUUCAGUUGAUAAUUAUUAUAAUUCAAAAGUGACCAAAAUAUUUUUACAAAUGUAUGCAUAUAUUUUUUAAUCUACGGUAACAGUUAAUAACAGUAAUGGACACAUUUCCAUUUUUUACUUCUUGUUUAUUGUCUCAGACCAUUUACGGAUAACAAAAAAUUGUAAACUUUUGUUCUUUAACUCCCCGCUUCCCUACUUUUUAAAAUUUAAUUUAAAAAAAAAAAAAAUCUUGAUCUUGCUACAAACCCUUAAAAUUUUGCAGCCUUUAGAGUUAGAGGUUCUAAAUAAUAGCUUAAUUCUAACGGUAAUGUUAACUGACUGUUUAAAUAUUUACAUAGCUUUUGUUUGAAUCAGGCUUCAAGAAGGCAGUCAUCAAGAUUAUUUCAAAAGGAGUGCAAGCCUAAGUUUAGCCUUCCCUCUAGGGAUGUUAUCUGGGAUAAUAUUCCAAGUCAAGAAACACUACCUAGACUGAAACGUUUAACACCCAAAAAGACUGUCAACAAUUUUACUAAAGUGUAAGUGAACCAGUGGCAGAGUCUGGGUUGGUUACUUCUAGUCAUAGCUCUCAAUGAUAAAUCAUAUGUCAUUCACCCUCUUGAUAAUGAACCCUUUCCUACAUUGGGUAUAUCGUCUUAAACAUGCACCUCUAAAAAUAUUUUUAUUCUUCCAACUCUUCCCUUGAAUCAAGGUUAUUACAGUAAUUUUAUACGGUACUUAAGUUGUGCAAUUUUAUUCUAAAGUUCAAUUUAAUUUAAGUGAUUAAAUUAAAUUAAUGGAAUGUCAAGGUGUUGGAAUCCCUGAGAGUCUGUUUUGUGCCAGGUAGACUAUAAGCGUAGGGAUACAGGGGAGAGUGAGUGGGUAGGACGCUGACCAUAUCAGGGUUACAGCAUUGUUAGUUUGUGUUACUAGUGUUGCCUGAGAGCUCUUUGGUAUGUAUGGUUCUUUGGCUAAGCUUGUUAGUGGAACCCACAUUACUAAAGGGAGAUCUUGUUAGAUUAGAGUGUUGAAGAAUAAAAGUUUAGAACUAAUAACUGCAAAGGACUUGUGUCAAGUGUUUGGGUACUUUGUGUACUGUGUGAAUGUCAUACCCCUAGACAACGGAGUCACGCGAACCUAUUCGUUACAUGGAGCAAAUAUUUAUCAUUAUGUACCGAACAAAUAAAUUUCUGUUUAACUUUAGGAAACUGAAAUUAUAUUUUCUAAAACUGAAAUACAAAGAUAUGUGAAAUUUUAAAAUAUUGUUAUUUUUACUUUUACAGUUACAAUGCCUAUAAUUUUGAUGAUUAUGAAGACACAAGUGAUGGGAUUUCCUCUGAUGAAAGCUCUGAAUUAGAUGAUGAAGAUGAUAAAAAAAGGUACCAGUACCCGGUAUAUAAAAUAUGCAUUUAAGCUUUUCAUAUUUAUCAUUAACUUUACUAUAUGAGAUACUUGAACUUAAUUGUGGAAAAUUUGAUUACUGGUAUUUAAAAAAAAAUAUACAUAACAUCUGUUUCUAACUGAAUUCACAAUCCUGUUGUAAGUUAAAAUAAAUUAUGCAAUAAUGGAAUAAAAUGCAAAAGUUAAAUAAGUUUUAGAAAUUUGUAGGAUAACUUUCCCUUGAGAAAAUUUUGUGAAUGCUGAAUCAGAAAAAGAUGUGACCACGGUCAGAGAAAUGAAAUUAUUUAUUGGUGUACGGGUAUCAAACAAAAUUUUUAAAAUUUAAUUUUAAAAAUUCUUGUUUUAAAACUUUCUUAGAAGACUAUCUCCCCCCCCCCCCAAAUGGUACCAGUAUCUAGAGUAUUUUCAUUACAACUGCUUCCUCAAUAAACGAUUUCCACCGCAGCACUAACUGCCCACAUACAGCUUAAAUGGCUGUAUAAUUAUUUAUUGGUGUACGGGUAUCAAACAAAAUUUUUAAAAUUUAAUUUUAAAAAUUCUUGUUUUAAAACUUUUUUAGAAGACUAUCUCCCCCCCCCCCCCAAAUGGUACCAGUAUCUAGAGUAUUUUCAUUACAACUGCUUCCUCAAUAAACGAUUUCCACCGCAGCACUAACUGCCCACAUACAGCUUAAAUGGCUGUAACUGAAAUUAAACUGUUUUUUUUAUGUGUUGAUCUAAUUUUACAUCACUGUAUCGCGGCAACCACCAUUUGUCUCCCCUUUUUUUGUUUUGAUUUUUAAUUAAGUGACCCAUUGUUAAAAUACAUGUGUAGCACUGUACCAAACCCCACCCCUCAGGUUGUUAACACUCUAUUGUUUCUAAAGAAUGCUAUCAGUUGAUGCAAUUUCUAGAAUUUCUUCUCUGGAGGGUUCCAACUUUCUCCCUUACUUUAAAUAAUUUCCUAGCAGUGGAGAUUUUUUUGCUACAUUUCCUUGACAUUUACAAGACAUAUUAAAGUACAAGAUUGUACUCUUUAUGUGUGUGUGUAAAUGAACAUUUGUAUCUUUUGAGGAUUGUACUUUUUUUACUUGCUGUAGUAAGUUAAUAUAGUUUUUACUUCUGCCUAUUUGAUUUUGUAUUCUUUUUAUAAAUUUAAUAGUAUAAUUAAAUAAAAUAUUGUUAUUAUAGUUAAUAUCAUUAGCUUUGGUAUCGGUUUCCUUUGUAUUAGUAUACUGGUUUCAGUCCUUUGUUAUGUCAAUUAAUUAUUUCAGAUUUUUAUUAUGUUUUUUAAAUUGUAUAUACAGCGUGGUGAGCUAUAUAAAACCACUAAAACCACGUAUAAUAAUAAUGUAUUGUACAACAAAUCUUAAAGCAGAGUAUACUUACAAAAACCAUGUAUAUAACAUGCCUGUUUUAGAACAUUGAAAGUCUCCUUACUACCCAUAGGUUAAUUGUAAAUACUUCUAAAGUUAAUUAAAAGGAAAGAUACAACUUGUUCCUGUUUUCAGUAUUGCUUGAACUUGAUGUACAUUUAUUUUUUCUCUUCUUCUAUAUUUCUCAAUAUUUUACUAAAUAGCAUCUGGUAAAAUGUAAAUAUAAAUAUUUUUUUCAUUGAUAUCAAUUCAUAUUAAAUUAUUCCAUGAAUAAAUGUAAAAUUGUAUUUAAACUUAGUUUUUAAACUAAAACAGAGAUUUAGCAGGCUUUUGCAUAUUGUAUAUUACGGUAUUAAAAUUAAUUUCAUAGUUUAUUCUUAUUUUGCAGACAAACAACUCACAGGAUACAAAACUAUCACAAAAGGAUAAUUCAGAUGAGUUCCAGUGAUGAUGAAAAAAACUCCCAGUCCACAGAAAGUUUAAAAGAGGCAUUACCAGUAACUAAAAAAGCAAAAUAUUUAGCAUCCCACAUUCAAAGUUGCUCUAAUGAGGACUCAGAUGACUUAGAUAGCAAAUUUCUUAGCAGCAAAGAAAUUGACAUUCAAGAUAGUGAAGAUAGCAAUAUUUGUUCACCUUCCCUGCAAAAAAAACAUAACAAACUUGCGGACCUGGCAAGUGAUGACAGUGAUGAUUCAAUUAUUGAAAAGAAAAGGCAAAGUGAUAGUUGUCAUGAAGAAAGUAAUCUUGACAGUGACUCCUCAAGUAGCUCAUCAGGUGCAAAGAAGUGCAGAUCAGAAAAACUAAAAGAGCGGCGGAGCAGUUUAUUAAAAAAAUUGCAAGAAGCCAAACAAAGGAAACACAGUAAAUUGAAUAGUACUAAAUAAUUAUUUUUUACAUUGUCACUUUCAUUUUCAUCACCAGAAACAAAAUUUGAUUUACACUUGAUUAUUUUUAUAGACUGACUUACUCAGUUACUAGAGGCAUAUAUUAUUAAUAUAUUCAGCUUGCUAUUAAAAAAAAUAAUGACAAUUAUUAUUAUUGUUUUAAAAAAAAAUUGAUUUGAUACUUUUCAAUAAAAAAACUUUCAGCUAUAAGUAUAAUUAGUUUAUUAUUUUAUGUUUAUACUGAUAAUUAUCUAAUAUCCAAAU